CCUUAUAUUCGACAGCGCAGAAACCUAAGAGGGAAAGAAAAAAAAAGAAAGGGUUAGCAGAAGAAAAAACAUAAAAAAGAAGGCACAUGUUGGAUUACGCCAAUAAUUAUUUCGUCGUUAUCGAGACCCGAGAACCCGAACCCGACAGAUUUCUGCAAUUACCAGUUAUGAUGGGACGACGAGAGCUCGAUUUCUAGAGUUCGAGAGGAAAUUCCCCCCAAACAAAGAGGGAUUAGACCUGAAUUGUUUAUUCGUUUGUUGGAUUUGGAAUUCUAGGGGGGAGUUGUAAUGGAAAUUGAGGUCGCGAGUGCAAGUACUGAUUUGGAGAGGAAGCGCAAGGAGCUGGAGAAUGAGAGUUUUCGGGUGAAGAGAAGGACCUUGCAGGCUGUGCUGGAGCAGUGCCAGAAAGCUCUCGAGUUGCUCAGUCACAGCGAAGACGGCCUUGGAAGUGACGAGGAUGAAGAUCGGAAUAUAGGUCAAGGGGCACGCGAGAGGUCGUCAUCGGCUGAGCGUGGAGAUCAGGAGGCCGAGGAGCUAUGUGAUCUUCUAAAAUCCAGAGUUGAAUGUCCCGACUUCCUUGAAAAGCUAGAGUGUGCUCAGGCAUCAGUCCCUCAUGGCAUCGCUGAAGGUAGCUCCUGGGACAUGGUUAGUGAAAAUGAUCUUUGGGAAGGUGAAUGUACUGAUCCAGAUCAAGAAGAUUAUGUUCUUGUUAGGCAAGAAGAUAUAGUAGAGGGCAUUGCAUGUUUCAUGGCUGCAUACCUAUUAUCCCUUAAGCAGACAAAGGAUUUGACGCCUAAUCAACUUCAGGAUGCACUUAGCAAGACCUUCUCUAUGAAGAAGAAGAAGGGAAAGCUUCGAAAAGCAUGGGAUGGAAGUAAAGUCAUCUAUAAUGUAGCAUCAUGGGGAGCGACUGCCAUUGGGAUAUACCAAAAUCCUGUCAUUCUGAGGGUUGCCUCGAAAGCCUUCUGGACUUCUUGUCAAGUGAUAUCAAAGCUUCUGUAAGCUCAGCAUUCAUUAACCUUUGUGUUUGUGCCUGUGAUAUGCCGGGGUGGUUCGGUUUCCUUAAGUUGUGUAAUAUAAAUGGCAUUCUUUUGGUGCUCUACUGCUGCUACAGAUCCAUUGAUCUGUGGUAUAACUGAAUCUUGUAAAUAUCUCUUCUUCUUAAAUCAUUUCUGAGUGCGAUUCAGAUUCAUUA